AUGCUCUUAUCAGAUGAAGAGGCCAUGCCCGGCGUAGAGGGUCCCCUUGUCGCAGUGACGUUUCAGAAGAAUCCUCACCAAAAACAGAAGUACCUGGAGUCUGAACCGAAAGCAUUGGGGGUAAAUCAUCCUGAGCAAAUACAUGAAGUGUAGUCUGACAGUCUGUAGCUCAUUUUACUUCACCUCUCUCUUCCCCUCCUCAGGUGACUCAGAUUGCCCUCAGUGUGUUCCAUAUCAGUUCUGUCAUUGUCAUUCUUACCAACAGCAUGAGCAUGUUGGUUGAAGAAUUACCACAUAUCAUUGGAUCAGUGUUUGUGAGUGCCAACCAUACAAGUUCUUCCUCUACUCCUUUGAUUGAUGUUAAAUGACAAGCAAAUUAAAGAGUUGAGUGUUCAGACUGUGAGGUUGAUGUGACUCUUACUGUUGUACUCCCUACAGGUGAUCAUAGCUGGGAGUUUGGCCAUAACUGCACAGAAUCUCCAUCUUCCCACUGUAAGUUAUGCAAUUUGUAGGCAAACAAGUUAUUUGAGAAAACAAGUGAUAUAUACUGUACCAGUGGCAUCUCCUCUUCUCUUCUCUGCUCUCCUCUCCUCCCUCUUGUCUCAGCUGAAGGCCUGUCUGGGGAUGCAGGUCGUUGCCUGUGUAGCAUCAGUGUCCAACUUGAUCUUCUCUGUGUCAUACAUGGGAGGACACAAUUAUGGCUGCUGGGAAUACAAUGACGUCAACCACACUGGUCACUACAAAACUUGCCUUUCAGUCACUGUGAGUAUGUACAGACAGUAUGUCAGUAGGUGUUGGAAAUAUUUCAAUGUAAAUGCAUAUGGAGGAAGGGGGAUGUUCAAACUGAGAUGAUAAUAUUGGAUGUUAAAGUGAGCUGAGAAUGUCCUAUCAAAUGUUAUAUGCAAAUAUUACUUGUAAAAUGUGUAAUGAGGCAAAUAUUUCAUACAAUAGGGGAAAAAAACAUGAACCAAAGUACACAUUGCUCCAAUUCUUGUCAACAGGAUUCUGCUGAACAUUACUUUGCUGAGUUGGUCCUGAUACAUACUGCUCUCAUCGCUAUCUCUGUCACGCUGGCUGCCUAUUGCUGCAAGGUGGUCAACUGCUGCUCCCCGGGACCACGAAUGGUGAGUCAGUGUAGAAAUGGAUCCUCUAGAAUCAGAAAUGGACUGGCCAUAGGUCAGUUUUGGCAAACACCAGACGGAUCCAUUGGCCAGUGGGCCAGUCACGGAUCCAUUGGCCAGUGGGCCAGUCUAAAUUGGGGAUUUAUUGCAGAAUUAUCAUGAAUUGGAUUAUGAUGGGAAUGACAAGGGAAAGGAAAUGGUCCAGUGAGUUAGAAAUGCCCACGCCAAUUUCUGGUCCCAUGCAGGACAUCCUGCCUAGAAUAGACAUCACCUUGAAAUGCAAAGUUUGGUUGGAGGCCUACCAAUACUAUGCCUGUGGUGUGUCUAGAAUGGGCUGAGUGGCCUGUUCACAUCAUUCAAAUAUUGUAUUUGUCCAGAUACCAAACAGAACAUCUGCAUUAUCAUCAGAAAUGGAAUGUUGUUAUAACAUGACGGUUAUAACCUCUUAAUUGAGUGUGUGAGUUCUCUCUUCUAGCCGGUGAUCACAGUCCAAGUCCCUCCUGCUCAGCAAUGAGGAGCGAUACCAUGUGAGGACCAACCAAGACAAGAGAUCCAACCCCUUAACCAACCAGCAAAAAACAUGUCUUAUACUUCCGUCAACAAAAAUAUUUUAGGCCUAUAUUCCUACACAUACACUGAGUGUACAACACAUUAAGAACACUGUGCUUCCCACAGUUAUGUCAAGAUGGCUGGAUGUCCUUUGGAUGGUGGACCGUUCUUGAUAUACACGGGAAACUGUUAAGUGUGAAAAACCCAGCAGCGCUGCAGUUCUUGACACAAACCGGUGCACCUAACAACUACUACCAUACCCCUGUUCAGAGGCACUUAAAUAUUUUGUCUUGCCCACUCACCCUCUGAAUGGCACACAUACACAAUCCAUGUCUCAAUAGUCUCAAGGCUUAAAAAUCCUUCUUCAACCUGUCUCCUCCCCUUCAUCUACACUGAUUGAAAUGGAUUUAACAAGUGACAUCAAUAAGGGGUCAAUGCUUUCAACUGGAUUCACCUAGUCAGUAUAUGUCAUGGAACGAGCAGUUCAUAAUGUUUUGUGCAUUCAGUGUAAGUCACGCUGAUGGAUUUAAUUUUGUAAUUAAAAACUGUUUGGCAUGAUGUAGCCUAAUGUGAGUUACAUUUUAUUAGGGGUCCUAGCAGGUGCAGGAACCAUAUUGUUUUGUUAGUGUUCUUAUUAUAUUUCCUGGGUCUUCCUCAUUUUGGUCAAUUUCUCCACAACCGAUUGGUAAAAAGUUGUACAAAAAUAUAUAUAAAAUAGUAACAAAUGGGAGGAUGGAGAACCCCUACAUUUUGAUCUAGGGAGGGUUUAUUAAUGGCUUACAACUCACCAAUAAAUAGGUUUACAACCGGCCAAGCGGCUAUGUGGGUUAAAGCAUGGUGCUGGCAACACCAAGAGGUUGGAGUUGAUUCCCACAUGGACCACAUACUAAUAUAAGUAGCUUUAGAUAAAAGAUAAAAGUAGCUUUAGAUAAAAGCAUCUACCAAUGACCAUAUCAUUAUCAUAUGAUAUCACAAUGUAAAGAACACAAUUCAAUAUCAUUACAAUUUUUUUCAAUGUGCAUGAAAAGUGAUAAAGUAGUGGCUGGAACAUUAACAUAAGUUAAUCUAUUGUUUCUCUUCAAUGACAACACAUUCAUAACGCGUCUCAAAGUAGGACUAAUGAUCUAGAGUCAGUUUUGCAUUUUAGAUCAUAAUUAAUAUAAGAUUACAUGGACAGGGGGGACCAGAUCCUAGAUCAGCUCUCCCACUCUGAGACGCUUUAUGAAUAUUGGCCAAGAGGUUCAAUUUGUAUUACAAUGCUGCCCCUUUGUGGCUAAUGCAGCACUAAAAUGCUGCUAGAUAUGAAGUGCCCAUUUCUUCUAAUCAAUUUUUAGAUGGUAGAUUUGGAGUAAUGGUAAAUGGAUAAUGAAAGUGUUAUGAGCAAAGGUUAGAGGUAAGAGGUACAGGGGCAAGGGUACAGCUACAAAGCCUUAUGCAAAGCCUAAAGAGCUGAAUGAAAUCCAAGAGCUGAAUAAACAGACACAAUAUUACAGUGAUUAUAUGAUUGAGGACUCGAUUCAAUCAGAUUCGGCUAACCCACAUAGCUGGUGUUUUGAUGGUGUCGGAGGUGGAACCGCUUUAGACCUGUCAAAUCCACAAGAGGCUCCCGGUGUGGUGACACUGAUGGUUUCUUUGAACUGAUGGCUUCUGCAGUGGUGGCUAGAGAAUACAGAUUUUAGCUAAGCCUAACCCUUUUCCCAACCUUAACCUAAUUCUCCUAACGUGCUACUUCAAUUUUCCUAACCUUCAAUUUUAAUUAUUCUAACCUGCUACUUUAAUUCUCCUAAAAUGCUACAUUAAUUCUCCAAACUGCUACUAUACAGCCAGUGAUUUUUGUGCUUCACACCAGAGUAAAAUAGUCUCAGCGCAAUGAUCUAAGAGCUGGGGUGUGCAAAACCUUGCAUUCUAUCACAGAUCCUAAAUAAUUUGCUGUCUAGAAAAUGUAUUAAAAUGCAUAACCUUGUCAAACGAAACAUAAAAACAACAAUGUAAAAGGAUUGAUGGGACAAUGGUGGACACGCUAUUGUUAUAUUAGCUUUUAUUUGUUCCAAUCAAAGAGCAAAUUAGGUAAAUGAGUAAGACUUGACUUCCUGGUUUUCUGAGGCUUGUCUGGAACUUUAAUCUGCCAGUGUGUCUACAGCUGUAGAGGAAAUUACAGUACCUUCAUUUAAUGGCUCCUUUCAGAGAAACAAUGUGUUGGUGGUUGAUCAUGGAGUUGUAGGAAAAUAAACCUAGGGCACCAGUUGACUGUAGUUUAUCAGUCCUCAGUUCUUUAUCAGUUGGUUGUACAGGGCAACAACACCCUGACUCUGACUCCUAUCAACCUGCCUCAUUAGAUGAAUAAGCUGAGGGUAAGACAUAUGCUGCAUCUGAAAUGGCACCCUACCCUAUAUAGUGUACUACUUAGGGUGUCAUUUCAAACACAGUAAUAGUCUACAACACUUUGCCAGUCAAAACCAUCAGUUAGAAUUUCCUGUCCUGCACUGAGGAAAUCUAACAGUUAAGGGGGAGGAGUGUGUAAGACUGCAGAGGGGUCAAAUUCCUCUGACGACAAGGGGGCGGGAUUGGAUAAAAAAUUACGGGGCACAAAAAGAGUUGAGGGGCGUUGGUGGUUUUGCUCAGAAUUUCCGUCAAAGGAAGUCUAAAGCAGACUAUUUUUAAGAUUAUCGAAGAUUUCAGAGAUCUUAAUAGCAUCCAACUGUUAUGGCAGGUAAAACAAAUAUAAUUGAAUUGCAUGGUUAGUAAAAACAAGAUAAUCUGGACUCUGAUCUGCAUGUUUGCUUUAAAAACAAACGCAAUCUCAUACCAGAACAUUUGCAUGUGAUCAUUUCAAUAUUUUCAGUCAAUUGGGUUGUAUUACAGUAGGUUCAGCAGUCUAUUGCUAGACAGUUUACUCAAAUGCUCUUAUCAGAUGAAGAGGCCAUGCCCGGCGUAGAGGGUCCCCUUGUCACAGUCACAUUUCAGAGGACUCCUCACCAAAAACAGAAGUACCUGGAGUCUGAACCGAAAGCAUUGGGGGUAAAUCAUCCUGAGCAAAUAAAAGUGUAGUCUGGCAAUCCAUUUAAAUGUCACUAUAAUGUAUUAUAAUCUAUGAAAUGUAAUUUAAUGUUAUUUAAUCUGUAGCUCAUUGUACUUUAUCUCUCUCUCUCUUCUCCUCCUCAGGUGACUCAGAUUGCCCUCAGUGUGUUCAAUAUCAGUUCUGUCAUUGUCAUUUUCAACAACAGCAUGAGCAUUUUUGUUGAAGACUUAUCCCAAAUCAUUGGAUCAGUGUUUGUGAGUGACCAUCAUACAUGUGCCCCCUGUACUCACUUGACUGAUGUUAAAUUACAAGAAAAUGAAAGAGUUGAGUGUUUAGAGGUUAACAUGACUUUUACUGUUGUACUCUCUACAGGUGAUCAUAGCUGGGAGUUUGGCCAUAGCUGCACAACAUCUCCAUCUUCCCACUGUAAGUUAUGCAAUUUGUAGGCGUACAAGUUCUUUGAGAAAACAAGUGAUAUAUACUGUACCAGUGGCAUCUCCUCUUCUCUGCUCUCCUCUCCUCCCUCUGUCUCAGCUGAAGGCCUGUCUGGGGAUGCAGGUAGUUGCCUGUGUAGCAUCAGUGUUCAACUUGAUCUUCUCUGUGUCAAACAUGGCUGGACACAAAUAUGGUUAUGGCUGCUGGAAAUACGUUGAAAUCAACAGCACUGAUCACGACAAUACUUGCUAUUCAUUCAAAGUGAGUAUGUACAGACAGUAUGUCAGUAUGUGUUGGAUAUAAUUCAAUGUAAAUGGAUGUGGAGAAAGGGGAUGUUCAAACUGGGAUGCUCACAUUAGAUGUUAAAGUGGGCUGAGUUUAAGAAUAUCCUAUCAAAUAUUUCAUGCAAAUACGUCAUACAAUAGGAAAAAACAUGAAACAAAGUACACAUUGCUCCAUUUCUUGUCAACAGGAUUCUACUGCACAUUACUUUGCUGAGUUGGUCCUGAUACAUACUGCUCUCAUCGCUAUCUCUGUCACGCUGGCUGCCUACUGCUGCAAGGUGGUCAACUGCUGCUCCCCGGGACCACGAAUGGUGAGUCAGUGUAGAAAUGGAGCCAAUAGAAUCAGAAACGGACUGGCCAUAGGUCAGUACUGGCAAAUGCCAGACAGAUCCAUUGGCCUGUGGGCCAGUCUAAAUUUUGGUUUUAUCGUUGAAUUAUCAUGAUUUGGCUUAUGAUAGGAACGACAAGGGAAAGAAAAUGGUCCAGUGAGUUGUAAAUGCACAUGCCGAUUUCUGGUCCCAUGCAGUCCAUGACUUCCUAGAACAGACAACACCUUGAAAUGCAAAGUUUGGUUGGAGGCCUACCAAUACUAUGCCUGUGGUGUGUCUAGAAUGGGCUGAGUGGCGUGUUCUCAUCAUUCAAAUAUUGUAUUUGUCCAGAUACCAAACAGAACAUCUGCAUUAUCAUCAGAAAUGGAAUGUUGUUAUAACAUGACGGUUAUAACCUCUUAAUUGAGUGUGUGAGUUCUCUCUUCUAGCCGGUGAUCACAGUCCAAGUCCCUCCUGCUCAGCAAUGAGGAGCGAUACCAUGUGAGGACCAACCAAGACAAGAGAUCCAACCCCCUAACCAACCAGCAAAUAUUUUAGGCCUAUAUUCCUACACAUACACUGAGUGUACAAAACAUUAAGAACACUGUGCUUCCCACAGUUAUGUCAAGAUGGCUGGAUGUCCUUUGGAUGGUGGACCGUUCUUGAUAUACACGGGAAACUGUUAAGUGUGAAAAACCCAGCAGCGCUGCAGGUCUUGACACAAACCAGUGCGCCUGGCACCUACUACCAUAUCCCGUUCAAAGGUACUUAAAUCUUUUGUCUUGCCCACUCACCCUCUGAACGGCACACAUACACAAUCCAUGUCUCAAUAGUCUCAAAACUUAAAAAUCCUUCUUCAACCUGUCUCCUCUCCUUCAUCUACACUGAUUUAAGUGGAUUUAACAAGUGACAUCAAUAUGGGAUCAAUGCUUUCAACUGGAUUCACCUAGUCAGUAUAUGUCAUGGAACGAACAGUUCAUAAUGUUUUGUGCACUCAGUGUAAGUCACGCUGAUGGAUUUAUGUUUGUAGUUAAAAACUGCUUGACAUGAUGUAGCCUAAUGUGAGUUCCAUUUUAUUAGAGGUCCUAGCAGGUGCAGGAACUAUAUUGUUUUGUUACUGUUGUCAUUAUAUUUCCUGGGUCUUCCUCCUUUUGGUCAAUAUCUCCACAACCAAUUGGUAAAAAGUUGUAAAAAAAAUAAAAUAAAAAAAUAAAUAAAUGUCAGGUUGGAAGAACCCUUAUAUUAUGAUAUAUGGACGGUUUCUAAAUGGCUUACUAUUCACCAAUAAAGAAUAUACAUAGGUUUACUACUGGCUCGUCGGCUAUGUGGGUUAGAGCAUGGUGCUGUCAACACCAGGGGGUUGGAGUGAUUCCCACAUGUGCCACAUACUGAAUGUAAGUAUCACUGGCAACUGUAAUUUGAGUCACUUUAGAUAAAAGUUUCUACCAAUGACCAUAUCAUUAUCAUGUGGUAUCACAGUGGAAAGAACCCAAUUCAAUAUCAUUCCCAUUAUUUCAAUGUGCAUGAACAAUGACAAAGUAGUAGUGGCUGGAACAUGAAAGUUAUUCUAUUGUUUCUAUUCUGUGAGCAACUAGCUCUCACUGUCUCACGUCAGAAUUUGACGUUCAUCCAUAUUCCUCAAACAUCACUUUUUUGACGUUGUUGCAAACCUCAAAUUUCAAAGUGUUUAAUGUUAAGUUUAGUCAUUAAAUCCAAAAUCUUAAGGUUAGGCAUUAACUCAGAAUGGUUAAGGUAAGGUUUAAGGAUUGGGAUAGGCUUAAAACACUUGAUUUGAACUUGCAACCUAUGGAAUCAGAGUCAGAUGCUUACGCCCAUCCCCUAGCAAAACAGAAGCCUACUUGAAUGUAACAGCGCUCACUGUUGCCCAUAGUGGCCGGUUUCCAAGUCACCUCCUGACGUCCUUAGACAGAGAUGGACGUCGAAUACUGACUCGUAUAACAGGUGACCUGGCUGCAGUGAGAUCACAACAUUAUCAAUGGGCCCACAUUCAUGAAGCGACUCAGAGUAGGACUAAUGAUGUAGGAUCAAUUGAGCCUUUUAUCAUAAUGAAUAUCAGAUUACAUGGACAGUGGGAACCUGAUCCUAGAUCAGCUCUCCCACUGAGACGCUUUAUGAAUAAUGGCCCAGAGGUUCAAUUUGUAUUACAAUGCCACCCUUUGUGGAUAACGCAGCACUAGAUAUCAAUUUGUAGAUGGUAGAUUUGGAGUAAUGGAUAACUAUAAUGUUAUGAGCAAGGGAUAGAGGUAAGAGGCAGAGGGGCAAGGGUACAGCUACAAGUUUUAUCCAAAGCCUAAAGAGUUCAAUUAAAUCAUAGAACUGAAUAAACUGACACAAUAUGACUAUUAUUAUAUGAUUGAGAGCUCGAUUCAAUUUGAUUUACGCUAGCUGACACCCGCAUAGCUGGUGUUUUCACGCUGUCGGAAGUGGAAAAGGGUUAGACCUGUCAAAUCCACAAGCGGCUCUCGGUGUGGUGACACUGAUUAUUUCUCGGAACUGAUGGCUUCUACGGAUGUGGCUAGAGUACAGCAUUUUAGCUAAGCCUAACCCUUUUCCAAACCUUAACCUAAUUCUCCUAAACUGCUACUUUAAUUCUUCUAACUUCUACUUUACAGCCAGUGAUUUUUGUGCUUCACACCAGAGUAACAUAGCCCCAGCUCAAUGAUCUAAGAGCUGGGGUGUGCAAAACCUUGCAUGCUUUCUGUCACACAUCCUAAACAAUUUGCUGCCUAGAAAAUGUAUGGUAAUGCAUAACCUGGUCAAAUGAAACAUGAAAACAACAAGGUAAUAGGAUUGAUGGGACAAUGGUGGACAUGUUAUUGUUGAUGAUAUUAGCUUUUAUUUGUUCCAAUUAAAGAGGUUGAUGGGUAAGUCUUGACUUCCUGGUUUUCUGAGACUUUGCUCUGCCGGUGUGUCUACAGCCAUAGAUGAAAUUACAGUACCUUCAUUUAAUGUCUCCUCUCAGAGAAAUAAUGUGUUGGUGGAUGAUCAUGGAGUUGACUGUAGUUUACCAGUCCUCUGUUUUUCAUGAGUUGGUUCUACAGAACAACAACAACCUGACUCUGACUCCUAUCAACCUGCCUCAUUAGAUGGAUAAGCUGAGGGUAAGACAUAUGAUGCGUCUGAAAUGGCACCCUUUUCCCUAUAUAGUGUACUACUUAGGGUGUCAUUCUAAACACAGUCAUAGUCUACAACAAGUUUCUAGUUACAGUUAAGGGGGAGGAGUGUGUGAGCCUGCAGAUGGGUCAAAUUCCUCUGACAACAAGGGGGCGGGAUUUGAUAAAAAAUAACAGGGCACACAAAGAGUUUAGGGGCGUUGAUGGUUUUGCUCAGAAUUUCCAUCAAGGAAGUCAAAAGUUGACUAUUUUAAAGAGUAUCAAAGAUUUUAGAGAUCUUAAUAACAUCCAACAGUUACGGCAGGUAAAACAAAUAUCAUUGAAUUGCAUGGUUAGCAAACAUAAGAUAAUCUGGACUCUCAUCUGCAUGUUUGCAUUGAAAAUAAAUUGAAAACAAACCCAACUUUGAAUAGCCUACUCUCUCAUUUUCAGCAGGGAUGAAGCCAAAGUUCUCAAUCUCUGCAGUUCUUGACACAAACCGGUGCGCCUGGCACCUACUACCAUAUCCCGUUCAAAGGUACUUAAAUCUUUUGUCUUGCCCACUCACCCUCUGAACGGCACACAUACACAAUCCAUGUCUCAAUCGUCUCAAGGCUUAAAAAUCCUUCUUGAACCUGUCUCCUCCCCUUCAUCUACACUGAUUUAAGUGGAUUUAACAAGUGACCUCAAUAAGGGAUCAAUGCUUUCAACUGGAUUCACCUGGUCAGUAUAUGUCAUGGAACGAACAGUUCAUAAUGUUUUGUGCACUCAGUGUAAGUCACGCUGAUGGAUUUAUUUUUGUAAUUAAAAACUGUUUGACAUGAUGUAGCCUAAUGUGAGUUACAUUUUAUUAGGGGUCCUAGCAGGUGCAGGAACCAUAUUGUUUUGUUAGUGUUCUUAUUAUAUUUCCUGGGUCUUCCUUAUUUUUGGUCAAUUUCUCCACAACCGAUUGUUAUAAGUCGCUUUAGAUAAAAGCAUCUACCAAUUACCAUAUCAUUAUCAUAUGAUAUCACAAUGUAAAGAACACAAUUCAAUAUCAUUACCAAUAUUUCAAUGUGCAUGAAAAGUGAUAAAGUAGUGGCUGGAACAUUAACAGAAGUUAAUCUAUUGUUUCUCUUCAAUGACAGCGCAUUCAUAACGCGUCUCAAAGUAGGACUAAUGAUCUAGAGUCAGUUUUGCAUUUUAGAUCAUAAUUAAUAUAAGAUUACAUGGACAGGGGGGACCAGAUCCUAGAUCAGCUCUCCCACUCUGAGACGCUUUAUGAAUACGGGCCAAGAGGUUCAAUUUGUAUUACAGUGCUGCUCCUUUGUGGCUAAUGCAGCACUGGAAAUCGAUUUUUAGAUGGUAGAUUUGGAGUAAUGGUAAAUGGAUAACGAUAGUGUUAUGAGCAAGGUUCAGAGGUAAGAGAUACAGGGGCAAGAGUACAGCUACAAAGCCUUAUGCAAAGCCUAAAGAGAUGAAUGAAAUCCAAGAGCUGAAUAAACAGACACAAUAUUAUAGUGAUUAUAUGAUUGAGGACUCGAUUCAAUCAGAUUCGGCUAGCCAACACCCGCAUAGCUGGUGUUUUGACAGUGUCGGAGGUGGAACCGCUUUAGACCUGUCAAAUCCACAAGAGGCUCCCGGUGUGGUGACACUGAUGGUUUCUUUGAACUGAUGGCUUCUGCGGUUGUGGCUAGAGUAUACAGAAUUUUAGCUAAGCCUAACCCUUUUUCCAACCUUAACCUAAUUCUCCUAACGUGCUACUUCAAUUUUCCUAACCUUCUACUUUAAUUAUCCUAACAUGCUACUUUAAAUAUCCUAAAAUGCUACUUUAAUUCUCCAAACUGCUACUAUACAGCCAGUGAUUUUUGUGCUUCACACCAGAGUAAAAUAGUCUCAGCGGAAUGAUCUAAGAGCUGGGGUGUGCAAAACCUUGCAUUCUGUCACACAUCCUAAACAAUUUGCUGUCUAGAAAAUGUAUUUAAAUGCAUAACCUUGUCAAACGAAACAUAAAAACAACAAUGUAAAAGGAUUGAUGGAACAAUGGUGGACAUGCUAUUGUUGUAUUAGCUUUUAUUUGUUCCAAUCAAAGAGCAAAUUAGGUAAAUGAGUAAGACUUGACUUCCUGGUUUUCUGAAGCUUGUCUGGAACUUUGCUCUGCCGGUGUGUCUACAGCUGUAGAGGAAAUUACAGUACCUUCAUUUGAUGUCUCCUCUCAGAGAAAUAAUGUGUUGGUUGAUGAUCAUGGAGUGUAGGAAAAUAAACCUAGGGCACCAGUUGACUGUAGUUUAUCAGUCCUCAGUUCUUUAUCAGUUGGUUGUACAGGGCAACAACACCCUGACUCUGACUCCUAUCAACCUGCCUCAUUAGAUGAAUAAGCUGACGGUAAGACAUAUGCUGCAUCUGAAAUGGAACCCUACCCUAUAUAGUGUACAACUUAGGGUGUCAUUCUGAACACAGACAUAGUCUACAACAAUUUUCCAGUCAAAACCAUCAGUUAGAAUUUCCUGUCCGGCACUGAGGAAAUCUAACAGUUAAGGGGGAGGAGUGUGUGAGCCUGCAGAGGGGUCAAAUUCCUCUGACAACAAGGGGGCGGGAUUGGAUAAAAAAUAACGGGGCACAAAAAGAGUUGAGGGGCGUUGGUGGUUUUGCUCAGAAUUUCCGUCAAAGGAAGACUAAAGCAGACUUUUUUCAAGAUUAUCGAAGAUUUCAGAGAUCUUAAUAGCAUCCAACAGUUAUGGCAGGUAAAACAAAUAUAAUUUAAUUGCAUGGUUAGUAAAAACAAGAUAAUCUGGACUCUGAUCUGCAUGUUUGCUUUAAAAACAAACGCAAUCUCAUACCAGAACAUUUGCAUGUGAACAGCAAUCUGCGCAAUAUGCUGUUCCCAAAGAACAUUUCAAUCUUUUCAGUCAAUUGGGUUGUAUUGUAGUAGGUUCAGCAGUCUAUUGCUAGACAGUUUACUCAAAUGCUCUAAUCAGAUGAAGAGGCCAUGCCCAGCGUAGAGGAUCCCCUUGUCGUAGUCACACUUCAGAGGACUCCUCACCAAAAACAGAAGUACCUGGAGUCUGAACCGAAAGCAGACUUUUUUAAAGAUUAUCGAAGAUUUCAGAGAUCUUAAUAGCAUCCAACAGUUAUGGCAGGUAAAACUAAUAUUGAAAUGCAUGGUUAGCAAAAAUAAGACAAUCUGGACUCUCAUCUGCAUGUUUGCAUUGAAAUCAAAUGGAAAACAAACCCAACUUUGAAUAGCCUACUCUCUCAUUUUCAGCAGGGAUGAAGCCAAAGUUCUCAAUCUCAUACCAGAACAUUUGCAUGCAUUUGAAAAAUCUGUUUUUGCAAAAAGCUUCAAUGUCCUGUUGUUUAAUCUUGCGCAAUAUGCUGUUCCGAGAGAACACUUCAAUCUAUUCGGUCAAUUGGGUUGUAUUGCAGUAGGUUUAGCAGUCUAUUGCUAGACAGUUUACUCAAAUGCUCUUUUCAGAUGAAGAGGCCAUGCCCGGCGUAGAGGGUCCCCUUGUCGCAGUGACGUUUCAGAAGAAUCCUCACCAAAAACAGAAGUACCUGGAGGUCGUAGCUCAUUUUACUUCACCUCUCUCUUCUCCUCCUCAGGUGACUCAGAUUGCCCUCAGUGUGUUCAAUAUCAGUUCUGUCAUUGUCAUUUUCAACAACAGCAUGAGCAUGUUUGUUGAAGAAUUACCACAAAUCAUUGGAUCAGUGUUUGUGAGUGCCCACCAUACAAGUUCUUCCUCUACUCCUUUGAUUGAUGUUAAAUGACAAGCAAAUUAAAGAGUUGAGUGUUCAGACUGUGAGGUUGAUGUGACUCUUACUGUUGUACUCUCUACAGGUGAUCAUAGCUGGGAGUUUGGCCAUAACUGCACAGAAUCUCCAUCUUCCCACUGUAAGUUAUGCAAUUUGUAGGCGAACAAGUUAUUUGAGAAAACAAGUGAUAUGUACUGUACCAGUGGCAUCUCCUCUUCUCUGCUCUCCUCUCCUCCCUCUUGUCUCAGCUGAAGGCCUGUCUGGGGAUGCAGGUCGUUGCCUGUGUAGCAUCAGUGUCCAACUUGAUCUUCUCUGUGUCAUACAUGGGAGGACACAAUUAUGGCUGCUGGGAAUACAAUGACGUCAACCACACUGGUCACUACAAAACUUGCCUUUCAGUCACUGUGAGUAUGUACAGACAGUAUGUCAGUAGGUGUUGGAAAUAUUUCAAUGUAAAUGCAUAUGGAGGAAGGGGGAUGUUCAAACUGAGAUGAUAAUAUUGGAUGUUAAAGUGAGCUGAGAAUGUCCUAUCAAAUGUUAUAUGCAAAUAUUACUUGUAAAAUGUGUAAUGAGGCAAAUUUGUCAUACAAAAGGGCAAAAAAACAUGAACCAAAGUACACAUUGCUCCAAUUCUUGUCAACAGGAUUCUACUGCACAUUACCUUGCUGAGUUGGUCCUGAUACAUACUGCUCUCAUCGCUAUCUCUGUCACGCUGGCUGCCUACUGCUGCAAGGUGGUCAACUGCUGCUCCCCGGGACCACGAAUGGUGAGUCAGUGUAGAAAUGGAGCCAAUAGAAUCAGAAACGGACUGGCCAUAGGUCAGUACUGGCAAAUGCCAGACAGAUCCAUUGGCCAGUGGGCCAGUCUAAAUGUUGGUUUUAUCGUUGGAUUAUCAUGAUUUUAUCAUGAUAGGAACGACAAGGGAAGAAAAUGGUCCAGUGAGUUGUAAAUGCACACGCCAAUUUCUGGUCCCAUGCAGUCCAUGACUUCCUAGAACAGACAUCACCUUGAAAUGCAAAGUUUGGUUGGAGGCCUACCAAUACUAUGCCUGUGGUGUGUCUAGAAUGGGCUGAGUGGCCUGUUCACAUCACUCAAAUAUUGUAUUUGUCCAGAUACCAAACAGAACAUCUGCAUUAUCAUCAGAAAUGGAAUGUUGUUAUAACAUGACGGUUAUAACCUCUUAAUUGAGUGUGUGAGUUCUCUCUUCUAGCCGGUGAUCUCAGUCCAAGUUCCUCUUGCUCAGCAAUGAGGAGCGAUACCAUGUGAGGACCAACCAAGACAAGAGAUCCAACCCUACUAACCAACCAGCAAAAACAUUUCUUAUACAUCAACUAAAAUAUUGUAGGCCUAUAUGCCUAGACAUAUGUCACACUGAUGGAUUUAUUUUUGUAAUAAAAAAAAAACAUUUAGACAUACGGUGAGGGAAAAAAGUAUUUGAUCCCCUGCUGAUUUUUUACGUUUGCCCACUGACAAAGACAUGUUCAGUCUAUAAUUUUAAUGGUAUGUUUAUUUGAACAGUGAGAGACAGAAUAACAACACAAAUAUAUACAUUGAUUUGCAUUUUAAUGAGGGAAAUAAGUAUUUGACCCCUCUGCAAAACAUGACUUAGUACUUGGUGGCAAAACCCUUGUUGGCAACACAGAUGUCAGACGUUUCUUGUAGUUGGCCACCAGGUUUGCACACAUCUCAGGAGGGAUUUUGUGCCACUCCUCUUUGCAGAUCUUCUCCAAGUCAUUAAGGUUUCGAGGCUGACGUUUGGCAACUCGAACCUUCAGCUCCCUCCACAGAUUUUCUAUGGGAUUAAGGUCUGGAGACUGGCUAGGCCACUCCAGGAACUUAAUGUGCUUCUUCUUGAGCCACUCCUUUGUUGCCUUGGCCGUGUGUUUUGGGUCAUUGUCAUGCUGGAAUUCCCAUCCACGACCCAUUUUCAAUGCCCUGGCUGAGGGAAGGAGGUUCUCACCCAAGAUUUGACGGUACAUGGCCCCGUCCAUCGUCCCUUUGAUUCAGUGAAUUUGUCCUGUCCCCUUAGCAGAAAAACACCCCAAAGCAUAAUGUUUCCACCUCCAUGUUUGACGGUGGGGAUGGUGUUCUUGGGGUCAUAGGCAGCAUUCCUCCUCCUCCAAACACGGCGAGUUGAGUUGAUGCCAAAGAGCUCGAUUUUGGUCUCAUCUGACCACAACAUUUUCACCCAGUUCUCCUCUGAAUCAUUCAGAUGUUCAUUGGCAAACUUCGGACGGGCCUGUAUAUUUGCUUUCUUUAGCAGGGGGACCUUGCGGGCGCUGCAGGAUUUCAGUCCUUCAUGGCGUAGUGUGUUACCAAUUGUUUUCUUGGUGACAAUGGUCCCAGCUGCUUGAGAUCAUUGACAAGAUGCUCCCGUGUAGUUCUGGGCUGCUAAAACUUCUUAAGUAGAUUUACAUUUUAGUCAUUUAGCAGACGCUCUUAUCCAGAGUGACUUACAGUUAGUGUGUGCAUACAUUAUUAUUAUUAUUAUUUAUUUUUUCAUACUGGCCCCCCGUGGGAAUCGAACCCACAACCCUGGCAUUGCAAACGCCAAGCUCUACCAACUGAGCUAUAUCCCUGCCGGCCAUUCCCUCCCCUAACUUGGACGACACCGGGCCAAUUGUGCACCGCCCCAUGGGUCUCCCGGUCGCGACAGGCUACGACAGAGCCUGGAUUCGAACCAGGAUCUCUAGUGGCACAGCUAGCACUGCAAUGCAUGAUGUAGCCUAAUGUGAGUUCUAUUUUAUUAGGUGUCCUAGCAGGUGCAGAACCUUAUUGUUUAUGUUAGUGUUCUAAUUAUAUUUCCUGGGUCUUCCUCCUUUUGGUCAAUAUCUCCACAACUGAUUGGUAAACAAAUAAAAUAAUAAUAAUAACAAAUGGCAGGUUGGUAGAACCCCUACAUUAUGAUCUAUGGAGGGUUUCUAAAUGGCUUACAAUUCACCAAUAAAUUAUAUCCAUAUGUUUACAACCAGCUAGGCAGCUAUGUGGGUUAGAUCAUGGUGCUGUCAAAACUAGGGUGUUGGAGUGAUUCCCACAUGGGGCACAUAUUGAAUGUAAGUAUCACUGGCAAUUGUAAUAUAAGUAGCUUUAGAUAAAAGCAUCUACCAAUGACCAUAUCAUUAUCAUAUGAUAUCACAAUGUAAAGAACUGUGAUGGAACAUUUUAUGUUUGUGCUUUUCUGUGUUCAUGCAAGUGACUGAUUGAACGAACCCUCACUAUCAGUAUCUGCAAUUUGGCAGUACGCCCAGACACUUGUUUUCAGUUUCAAGCUCUCAGCUUAGAGAAGAAGCCUCGUGAGGUAUUUGUCUAUCCCUUAAAUGACCCAGUAUUGGUCGGUCACAUGAAUGACGCAAACGUUAAUGAUGAAUUAAUUAUGAAUCAAUAAGCUAAAUCAUGCAAAUAUAACUUGUCUGUAUAUAAGAGAUCUUGACAGAUGUUCACCAUGGUGCAUCAAGUUUGUUGGAACCUCUCCAGUUAACUGUUGAUAAACAAUGAUUAAUUUAAGAUUGACUUUGAGUGUCCCAUGUGUAAGAAUUUUCACUACAAUUUGGCAUCAAUGAACAGGAUGAUUGAUUCUGCCUGCUGAGAAUGGCGCAUUUUAUGAAGCGUGAGGGAAAUUCCUGUCUGACCAAAAGACGAUGAGACCCGCCCAGACCAGACCCUUACUGUGAGCUUCCCAGGAGGAGACACAUCAUCCGCAAACAAUUGAAGGACGGCAACUGAUUUCAGUAAGUCAAUUUAAAUGAAUUUGUAUAAAAAUACAAAUAAAUUAUAAAAAAUUAAAUGAAGGCGAGUAACGCAUAAAAAGGUACCCACAGUCUUAUAGAGAGAAGGCUAUUCACUAGUCUUAUGAGAAGACUAGAGCGAGGGCGUAAUGGUACCAUGGAAAGCCCUGCUGACAGCUGUCUGUAGGCAUUUAUAAGAAAUGUCUACGUGGUCUGCAGCCACUACAAAUAACACAAGGUGUUAUUGAAUACGGGGUGUUAUUUAUACGUAUUGGAAGUAGCGACAAGAGAACCGUUGAAGAUGCACAUGGGGUAAUAAGGGAGAUUACCGAGCGUGUUUGGGAAUAGUACUAAGUGAACGUGGAUGUGAAACUUCUAUGAUGGUGAGAGAUGACAUAUUAAGCUGAUUUACAUUUGGCUGAUUAAAAUGUGAAUAAUAAAUGGAUUUAAAUUAUUACUAUUAAGAUUGAAACUUGGAUAGUAAGCUGAUUGAAAUUUGGAUAAUAAGACACUGAAAUUGAGCUAUAACGUACUGAGUGAAUGAGAGCUGUCAGGGGACUAGCUCCAGUGUGAAUGUGAGUUGAGUUUUCUAGUUCUGUGUGAGAGAGCUUUCCCAUCUAUAACGUUAUAUAGGGGUUCCGUCCACCACCACCCAUCAUAGUCUGGGACUACUAAUAAUAGCACAGGGUGUUCAAAUAAAAUAAAAUACAAUUUUAUUGGCCACAUGAGCCGAAUACAACAGGUGCAGACAUUACAGUGAAAUGCUUACUUACAGCCCUUAACCAACAGUGCAUUUAUUUUUAAUAAAAAAGUAGAAUAAAACAAAAAAGUGUUGAGAAAAAAAGAGCAGAAGUAAAAUAAAUUAACAUUAGGGAGGCUAUAUAUACAGGGGGGUACCGGUGCAGAGUCAAUGUGCGGGGGCACCGGCUAGUUGAGGUAGUUGAAGUAAUAUGUACAUGUGGGUAGAGUUAAAGUGACUAUGCAUAAAUAAUUAACAGAGUAGCAGCAGCGUAAAAAGAUGGGGUGGGGGGGGAAGUGCAAAUAGUCUGGGUAGCCAUGAUUAGCUGUUCAGGAGUGUUAUGGCUUGGGGGUAGAAGCUGUUGAGAAGUCUUUUGGACCUAGACUUGGCACUCCGGUACCGCUUGCCGUGCGGUAGCAGAGAGAACAGUCUAUGACUAGGGUGGCUGGAGUCUUUGACAAUUUUGAGGGCCUUCCUCUGACACCGCCUGGUAUAGAGGUCCUGGAUGGCAGGAAGCUUGGCCCCAGUGAUGUACUGGGCCGUACACACUACCCUCUGUAGUGCCUUGCGGUUGGAGGACAAGCAGUUGCCAUACCAGGCGGUGAUGCAACCAGUCAGGAUGCUCUCGAUGGUGCAGCUGUAGAAUUUUUUGAGGAUCUGAUGACCCAUGCCAAAUCUUUUCAGUCUCCUGAGGGGGAAUAGGCUUUGUCGUGCCCUCUUCACGACUGUCUUGGUGUGUUUGGACCAUGAUAGUUCGUUGGUGAUGUGGACACCAAGGAACUUGAAGCUCUCAACCUGUUCCACUACAGCCCCGUCGAUGAGAAUGGGGGCGUGCUCAGUCCUCUUUUUUUUCCUGUAGUCCACAAUCAUCUCAUUUGUCUUGGUCACGUUGAGGGAGAGGUUGUUAUCCUGGCACCACAUGGCCAGGUCUCUGACCUCCUCCCUAUAGGCUGUCUCGUCGUUGUCGGUGAUCAGGCCUACCACUGUUGUGUCGUCGGCAAACUUAAUGAUGGUGUUGGAGUCAUGCCUGGCCAUGCAGUCAUGGGUGAACAGGGAGUACAGGAGGGGACUGAGCACGCACCCCUGAGGGGCCCCCGUGUUGAGGAUCAGUGUGGCAGAUGUGUUGUUACCUACCCUUACCACCUGGGGGCGGCCCGUCAGGAAGUCCAGGAUCCAGUUGAAGAGGGAGGUGUUUAGUCCCAGGAUCCUUAGCUUAGUGAUGAGCUUUGAGGGCACUAUGGUGUUGAAUGCUGAGCUGUAGUCAAUGAAUAGCAUUCUCACGUAGGUGUUCCUCUUGUCCAGGUGGGAAAGGGCAGUGUGGAGUGCAAUAGAGAUUGCAUCAUCUGUGGAUCUGUUGGGGCGGUAUGCAAAUUUGAGUGGGUCUAGGGUUUCUGGGAAAAUGGUGUUGAUGUGAGCCAUGACCAGCCUUUCAAAGCACUUCAUGGCUACAGACGUCAGUGCUACGGGUCGGUAGUCAUUUAGGCAGGUUAUCUUAGAGUCCUUGGGCACGGGGACUAUUGUGGUCUGCUUGAAACAUGUUGGUAUUACAGACUCAGUCAGGGACAUGUUGAAAAUGUCAGUGAAGACACUUGCCAGUUGGUCAGCGCAUGCUCGGAGUACACGUCCUGGUAAUCCGUCUGGCCCUGUGGCCUUGUGAAUGUUGACCUGCUUAAAAGUCUUACUCACAUCGGCUACGGAGAGCGUGAUCACAUAGUCAUCCGGAACAGCUGGUGCUCUCAUGCAUGCUUCAGUGUUGCUUGCCUCGAAGCGAGCAUAGAAGUGGUUUAGCUCGUCUGGAAGUCUUGUGUCACUGGGCAGCUCGCGGCUGUGCUUCCCUUUGUAGUCUCUAAUAGUUUUCAAGCCCUGCCACAUCCGACGAGUGUCAGAGCCGGUGUAGUACGAUUCAAUCUUAAUCCUGUAUUGACUCUUUGCCUGUUUGAUGGUUCGUCGGAGGGCAUAGCGGGAUUUCUUAUAAGCGUCCGGGUUAGAGUCCCACUCCUUGAAAGCGGCAGCUCUACGCUUUAGCUCAGUGCGGAUGUUUCCUGUAAUCAUUGGCUUCUGGUUGGGGUAUGUAUGUACGGUCACUGUGGGGACGACAUCAUCGAUGCACUUAUUGAUGAAGCCAGUGACUGAUGUGGUGUACUCCUCAAUGCUAUCUGAAGAAUCCACGUACUGAUGAGGGGAUAUGAACCAGGUGUGUGUAAUAAACAAGACAAAACAAAUGGAAUGAUGAGAUGAGGAGCGGCAGUGUUUAUAAGGCCAGUGACAAUGAACACCGAAGCCUGCCCGAACAAGGAGAGGAGGCAGCUUCGGAGGAAGUCUUGACAGUGCCCCCCCCCCCCCUUGACACGCAGCAGCGCACCGACACCAACCUCGGGGACGGCCAGGAGGACGCAGAGCAGGGCAAGCCGGAUGGUGACGGUGGAAAUCCCGCAACAGGGAGGGAUCAAGGAUAUCCCUCUCCGGGACCCAGCACCGCUCCUCCGGACUGUACCCCUCCAACUCCAAGAGGUACUGAAGGCCCCCCACCCAACGCCUGGAAUCCAGCAUGGAACGAACGGAGUACGCCGGGGCCCCCUCGAUGUCCAGAGGGGGCGGAGGAACCUCCCGCAACUCAGACUCCUGGAGCGGACCAGUAACCACCGGCCUGAGGAGAGACACAUGGAACGAGGGGUUAAUACAGUAAUCUGGAGAGAGUAAUAACCUAUAUGUAACCUCGUUUAUCCUCCUCAGGACUUUAAACGGCCCCACAAACCGCGGGCUCAGCUUCCGGCAGGGCAGGCGGAGGGGCAGAUUCCGGGUCGAGAGCCAGACACGAUCACCAGGCCUCACUGCGGUGGCGGUCAGCGUUGGCCUUCUGGCGAAGCACGGCGCGCCGAAGUUGGACGUGAGCAGCGUUCCACGUCUCCUCCGUGCACUGAAACCAGCCAUCCACCGCAGGAGCUUCGCUCUGGCUCUGAUGCCACAGUGCCAGAACCGGCUGAUAACCUAAAACACAUUGAAAUGGCGAUAGGUUAGUGGAGGAGUGGCGGAGAGAGUUCUGGGCAUAUUCGGCCCAUGGCAAGAACACCGACCACUCCCCCGGCUGGUCCUGGCAGUAGGACCGCAGGAACCUACCCACAUCCUGAUUCACCCGUUCCACCUAACCAUUACUCUCGGGAAGAAACCCAGAGUCAGGCUGACCGAGACCCCCAGACGUUCCAUGAACGCAGUUAAAGGUACUGAUAAAGAAAUGUGUGAGUAAGAUAUGACUAAAAUGUCACACCCUCAGUUAAACUAAUAAUGUAUGACUAUUAGUAGACUAGAGCUUAGAGAGUUAAUCAAAUGUGUUUAUAUAAGAUGCAUAUUUGCCCAGCAACAGAGUAUUUGUGUCUUGUAAUUAGGCAAGCAGAAGUGCAAAACGAUUGAAACCAAUAACAGGAGACCGGUUCCCACACAGGGAGGGGGAGUGAAAAAGGCUUGCAGAAUAUUGUGAGAACAGCGAUAACUAUAUAUGGGAAUAGAGAAUAAAUGCAGCCUGCCCGAGCAAGGAGUAGACUAUGAUAAGAACGUGUGUGUGUGUGUGUGUGUGUAUGUCUGUGUAUGUAUGUGUGUGUGUGUGUGUAUGUGUGACCUGAUGGUCAGGAGAGCAGAGGAUAAUCACAUGAGCUAAACCAGGUGUUAGCUUACAAGAUGUGUACAGUGGAAAAAUACAGCCCGCCUAAAGCGGGGUGGGAUUUUUCCUCUGACGUGUGUGUAUAAAAAUAUUGUACGUCCAUUUUGUGGCAGAGCGCUCUCAUGAAUAAAGGCUGACCAUUGCAGAAAGGGGUCUUUGUUUAAUUUAUUUAAACUAUAGAUUUACACCUCUGGGAAUUAUUCAAAGAUUUAAGAAGUGUUUGACUUCAACCAUUGAGAUAACAAAAUUCUCGUGACAGCUUGGUCCUUCGAGCCGGAUAUCAAUACCCAUCUUCUGUCAUUCCGGGGGACACCAAAAACUGUGCACGGGAGGAUGAUAUAUCCGUAUAUACAAAGACCUGACCUCUGAGAUUGAGGGUUAAAUCAGGCCAGUGGUGAACUGGUUCACGACAGAAACAGUGACGAUAUCUAACCAAAAUUGAGUCCUAGCUGCAAGAAUAAGGUCAGUAAUCUUUAUUCAUGUUUUUUGAGGGAAUUGAAUCUGUAACCUGCAGUAAAAAUUAAUAGUUUAAAUUUGCUGUAGUGAGGUUCCGUCAAUAAUCCGAAACGGGAUCGACAUCCCGGUAGCCCGUUUUUAGACGUUUAUCUAGAGAAAACCCAAUGCGCCAGUAUUCUAGAUAAAUAUAAGACGGGGGGGGAGGGGUGUAAGAUCAAAAACGGAGUGUGGGUCCGAAAUUGACUCCAGGUAGUUGAGGCCAUUACCAAAAAUAAACUAAUCUUGUGUUGAGAUAAUUCCCCAUCUCAAUAGUGGACAAGGGGGAAGUGAACUUCGGCGUUUUUAGAAGUUUAUCUAGAGAAAACCCAAUGCGCCAGUAUUCUAGAUAAAUAGAAAACGGGGGUGAAAACUUCAAGGAGGGGACAAAGAUAGGUCGCGUGAGAAAGAAGGUUACUACAAUUGAGUAUUUUAAGAGAGGUAUGGUUUUGAGGGACGUCUGGAUGCAGACAAACUCGAAUCCAUGGUAAAACAGAUACACUAGGUGUGUAAAGGCAGAGCAGAGAGAGAGCGAGUGGAAGGGCUAGAUACGGCCAGGAUGUGGCUCUCUGAGUCUCGAAAGAGAGAGGAGGGUGAGAGACAGAAAAAGGAAGUUAAAGAGAAAGUAAAAAAGGAAGGUCUAAGACAGAACCCACAGCUCCCCCUGUAGAACGGUCUGGAUCCAGAUUAUACCCCUCCUUGGCUUUGGAGCCUCCACCCCCUUACCAGAACCAAGGGGAAGCCGAGGGAGGACAGGGAGGAGGUGAGGAUAAAGAAAAGGAAGAAAGUACAGUUGAGGUUCUUAAGAAACUUUUGGAACAGCAGCAAACCCAAUUGGAAUUGCAGAAAGUAACUAGAGUACUAGGGUACAAUAGGGGCGUCAAGGGACCGAAGGGUGGAAGACCCAGGUCCCUGAGGAGACUUGAACCCCACAAACAAAGUCCAGUUAGGAGGGAAGAACAGGAGGAUUCAGAGCUGAGCUCAGGAGGGAGUCAGUAUGAGUCAGGAGAUGAGGGAGUAGGAGGGGGCCGGUACCCAAUGAUAGCCUUACCCAAUCCAUUGGCAGGGGCUGAGGGAUCCCCGGCAACCUUAGAUGUAUACAGGGCAUGGACCCAGAGAGAUGUGGUCCGAGCCGUAGAAGGGGUGGUACACCCGAAAACAGGAAUAGAGGGAUUCAGGAGAGAUAUGGAAGGGCUCACUGCAAGGUUUAAGUUAAACACGGGGGAAUUGGAAAGGGCAGUGAGACAGAUAGUGGUAGGAAAGGAUUGGGCAGCUGUGAAGGGAGACUGGACCCCAGGAAGGGGGGACAGAGUUAUUUUACAAUGGGCCGUAGAUGGAGAGUAUCGAGAUAAACUUAAUCAACUAUGUAACAAUCUCAGAGAUUACUACCAUAGACAUGCUGAUUUUUCUAAAAUCCAUGAGCGCAAACAGGUAGCAGAUGGACCAUAUCAUCAACAAUUAAAAAUAGCCUUUUUAAGCGGAAUGAGGCCUGAAAUUUCUCAAACAAUAAAAAAAGACCCUGAUUGGCUGGGGCACAGCAACACUGAGGUUAAAAGGUAUGCCGUUCACCAAGAGCAGAACGGGAGAGAAAAGAGGAGUAAGAGAGACCUGAAGGGAGUGCCAACACUCGGGGAGAUAGGAGGCCAGAACAAAGGGGCAGUGUCCUGGAAAUCACAGUCUGUGUUUUUUUUGUCAGUUCUGCUGGGAGUAUAUUUGAUGAAGGGGAUUUGUGUUGAAUGAGAGGCUAGAGAUUUCAUAAAAUAAUAAUUGGAAUAAUAAUUAUAUAUUAACUUGCUCACCCAAACGUAGACAUACGUCAUGAGUGAGACAUAAUUAAUAUGGGUUUCCUGAAUAAACUGACCAGAAGUAAUGUGGUUAAAGACGUAAGUUAUAAUAUUGUACAAAGCCAAUUUAGGGUUUCCAUUAAGGAACGUCAUUUUGUAUCAGAUGGUAAGACGACAAACCAUUGUGAUAGUAGUGGGAUUUAUUUGUCAUUUUAAUCACAUAGAGUGAAUAAAUCUGUCUUUAUGAGUGUGAAUUACUUGUAGCCUACUUAGAAAGGACAGUUGCCUAGAUCUGCUGUAUUCUAAACAAUGACAGAUUGGGGGUUUCAUAAGAGGUGCCUAUAAUUUUAGUUGAUAACAGAGGUAAUGGGAUGUAGUUUAUGACGCCUAGAGAAGCGAAUGUCUUACAGUGGGGGAAAAAAGUAUUUAGUCAGCCACCAAUUGUGCAAGUUCUCCCACUUAAAAAGAUGAGAGAGGCCUGUAAUUUUCAUCAUAGGUACACGUCAACUAUGACAGACAAAUUGAGAUUUUUUUUCCAGAAAAACACAUUGUAGGAUUUUUUAUGAAUUUAUUUGCAAAUUAUGGUGGAAAAUAAGUAUUUGGUCACCUACAAACAAGCAAGAUUUCUGGCUCUCACAUACCUCUAACUUCUUCUUUAAGAGGCUCCUCUGUCCUCCACUCAUUACCUGUAUUAAUGGCACCAGUUUGAACUUGCUUUCAGUAUAAAAGACACCUGUCCACAACCUCAAACAGUCACACUCCAAACUCCACUAUGGCCAAGACAAAAGAGAUGUCAAAGGACACCAGAAACAAAAUUGUAGACCUGCACCAGGCUGGGAAGACUGAAUCUGCAAUAGGUAAGCAGCUUGGUUUGAAGAAAUCAACUGUGGGAGCAAUUAUUAGGAAAUGGAAGACAUACAAGACCACUGAUAAUCUCCCUAGAUCUGGGGCUCCACGCAAGAUCUUACCCCGUGGGGUCAAAAUGAUCACAAGAACAGUGAGCAAAAAUCCCAGAACCACACGGGGGGACCUAGUGAAUGACCUGCAGAGAGCUGGGACCAAAGUAAUAAAGCCUACCAUCAGUAACACACUACGCCGCCAGGGACUCAAAUCCUGCAGUGCCAGACGUGUCCCCCUGCUUAAGCCAGUACAUGUCCAGGCCCGUCUGAAGUUUGCUAGAGUGCAUUUGGAUGAUCCAGAAGAGGAUUGGGAGAAUGUCAUAUGGUCAGAUGAAACCAAAAUAGAACUUUUUGGUAAAAACUCAACUCGUCGUGUUUGGAGGACAAAGAAUGCUGAGUUGCAUCCAAAGAACACCAUACCUACUGUGAAGCAUGGGGGUGGAAACAUCAUGCUUUGGGGCUGUUUUUCUGCAAAGGGACCAGGACGACUGAUCCGUGUAAAGGAAAGAAUGAAUGGGGCCAUGUAUCGUGAGAUUUUGAGUGAAAACCUCCUUCCAUCAGCAAGGGCAUUGAAGAUGAAACGUGGCUGGGUCUUUCAGCAUGACAAUGAUCCCAAACACACCGCCCGGGCAACGAAGGAGUGGCUUCGUAAGAAGCAUUUCAAGGUCCUGGAGUGGCCUAGCUAGUCUCCAGAUCUCAACCCCAUAGAAAAUCUUUGGAGGGAGUUGAAAGUCCGUGUUGCCCAGCGACAGCCCCAAAACAUCACUGCUCUAGAGGAGAUCUGCAUGGAGGAAUGGGCCAAAAUACCAGCAACAGUGUGUGAAAACCUUGUGAAGACUUACAGAAAACCUUUGACCUGUGUCAUUGCCAACAAAGGGUAUAUAACAAAGUAUUGAGAAACUUUUGUUAUUGACCAAAUACUUAUUUUCCACCAUAAUUUGCAAAUAAAUUCAUUAAAAAUCCUACAAUGUGAUUAUCUGGAUUUUUUUUUCUCAUUUUGUCUGUCAUAGUUGACGUGUACCUAUGAUGAAAAUUACAGGCCGCUCUCAUCUUUUUAAGUGGGAGAACUUGCACAAUUGGUGGCUGACUAAAUACUUUUUUUCCCCACUGUAUUGUUGCAACUUUAUUAGGGGGGGCUCUGACUGGGAUGUUCAUGUUGAUGUUAUGUGGAUGUUGGUUAAUUCUGUGUGUGAGAAGUCUUGUGUUCAGGUCUCUGGAGAAAGCAGUGACCCAGCAGAUGCUGAGGUAUGGGCCCAUUCCCGACUCAGACCAAUGGAAUGAACGCUACAUGCCUCCCGCUCUGGUGGAGGAUGCAGAAGAUUUCAAUCCUGAUGAACCUGAAUUGAAUGAGACAAUUUUUUAUGUUUAGUAUGCUAUCUUUUCAAUGAAAGUUAUAGUGAAAAUCCUAACAAGGAGAGUUAAAUUUGAUAGCAUGCAAGACAAAUUGUAUUCUUAUUGUGUGAUUCAUACGAGUGAUUCAUUUUAUAUGCAAAAUAAGUUGUAUGCCUUGUUGUGUGUUUCAUUUUAUAAGAAUGUAUUUUAAAUUUGUGUGUGAAAUUUAGUCAAAGGGUGGAUUGAUAAAGAAAUGUGUGAGUAAGAUAUGACUAAAAUGUCACACCCUCAGUUAAACUAAUAAUGUAUGACUAUUAGUAGACUAGAGCUUAGAGAGUUAAUCAAAUGUGUUUAUAUAAGAUGCAUAUUUGCCCAGCAACAGAGUAUUUGUGUCUUGUAAUUAGGCAAGCAGAAGUGCAAAACGAUUGAAAGAAAUAACAGGAGACCGGUUCCAACACAGGGAGGGGGAGUGUAAAAGGCUUGCAGAAUAUUGUGAGAACAGCGAUAACUAUGUUUGGGAAUAGAGAAAAAAUGCAGCCUGCCCGAGCAAGGAGUAGACUAUGAUAAGAACAUGUGUGUGUGUGUGUGUGUGUGUGUGUGUGUAUGUGUGUGUGUGUGUGUGUGUGUGUGUGUGUGUAUGUGUGACCUGAUGGUCAGGAGAGCAGAGGAUAAUCACAUGAGCUAAACCCAGGUGUGAGCUUACAAGAUGUGUACAGUGGAAAAGUACAGCCCGCCUAAAGCGGGGUGAGAUUUUUCCUCUGACGUGUGUGUAUAAAAAUAUGGUACGUCCAUUUUGUGGCAGAGCGCUCUCAUGAAUAAAGGCUGAUCAUUGCAGAAAGGGGUCUUUGUUUAAUUUAUUUAAACUAGAGAUUUACACCUCUGGGAAUUAUUCAAAGAUUUAAGAAGUGUUUGAUUCCAACCAUUGAGAUAACAAAAUUCUCGUGACAGGUACCCAGAUCCAGCUGUCGAACUCCCAAAUUAAGUAAGUCCUGGCCAUUUUGUUUGUUUUUACCCUACGAUUUCUACUACAUACAGUGGGGAAAAAAAGUAUUUAGUCAGCCACCAAUUGUGCAAGUUCUCCCACUUAAAAAGAUGAGAGAGGCCUGUAAUUUUCAUCAUAGGUACACGUCAACAAUGACAGACAAAUUGAGAAAAGAAAAUCCAGAAAAUCACAUUGUAGGAUUUUUUAUGAAUUUAUUUGCAAAUUAUGGUGGAAAAUAAGUAUUUGGUCACCUACAAACAAGCAAGAUUUCUGACUCUCACAGACCUGUAACUUCUUCUUUAAGAGGCUCCUCUGCCCUCCACUCGUUAUCUGUAUUAAUGGCACCUGUUUGAACUUGUUAUCAGUAUAAAAGACACCUGUCCACAACCUCAAACAGUCACACUCCAAACUCCACUAUGGCCAAGACCAAAGAGCUGUCAAAGGACACCAGAAACAAAAUUGUAGACCUGCACCAGGCUGGGAAGACUGAAUCUGCAAUAGGUAAGCAGCUUGGUUUGAAGAAAUCAACUGUGGGAGCAAUUAUUAGGAAAUGGAAGACAUACAAGACCACUGAUAAUCUCCCUCGAUCUGGGGCUCCACGCAAGAUCUCACCCCGUGGGGUCAAAAUGAUCACAAGAACGGUGAGCAAAAAUCCCAGAACCACACGGGGGGACCUAGUGAAUGACCUGCAAAGAGCUGGGACCAAAGUAACAAAGCCUACCAUCAGUAACACACUACGCCGCCAGGGACUCAAAUCCUGCAGUGCCAGACGUGUCCCCCUGCUUAAGCCAGUACAUGUCCAGGCCUGUCUGAAGUUUGCUAGAGUGCAUUUGGAUGAUCCAGAAGAGGAUUGUGAGAAUGUCAUAUGGUCAGAUGAAACCAAAAUAUAACUUUUUGGUAAAAACUCAACUCGUCGUGUUUGGAGGACAAAGAAUGCUGAGUUGCAUCCAAAGAACACCAUACCUACUGUGAAGCAUGGGGGUGGAAACAUCAUGCUUUGGGGCUGUUUUUCUGCAAAGGGACCAGGACGACUGAUGGUGUAAAGGAAAGAAUGAAUGGGGCCAUGUAUCGUGAGAUUUUGAGUGAAAACCUCCUUCCAUCAGCAAGGGCAUUGAAGAUGAAACGUGGCUGGGUCUUUCAGCAUGACAAUGAUCCCAAACACACCGCCCGGGCAACGAAGGAGUGGCUUUGUAAGAAGCAUUUCAAGGUCCUGGAGUGGCCUAGCCAGUCUCCAGAUCUCAACCCCAUAGAAAAUCUUUGGAGGGAGUUGAAAGUCUGUGUUGCCCAGCGACAGCCCCAAAACAUCACUGCUCUAGAGGAUAUCUGCAUGGCGGAAUGGGCCAAAAUACCAGCAACAGUGUGUGAAAACCUUUUGAAGACUUACAGAAAACGUUUGACCUGUGUCAUUGCCAACAAAUGGUAUAUAACAAAGUAUUGAGAAACUUUUGUUAUUGACCAAAUACUUAUUUUCCACCAUAAUUUGCAAAUAAAUUCAUAAAAAAUCCUACAAUGUGAUUUUCUGGAUUUUUUUUCCUCAUUUUGUCUGUCAUAGUGUCACGCCCUGGCUCUGGGGACACUUGUAUGUUGAGCCAGGGUGUGCAUUUCAUUUUUUUAUCUAGUAUGUGUAUUUCUAUGUUGGCCUGAGUGGCUCCCAAUCAGAGGCAACGAGUGUCAGCUGUCGUUGGUUGUCUCUGAUUGGGAGCCAUAUUUAAACUGUCUGUUUCCCGUUUGUGGGAUCUUGUUUCAAGUCUGUUUAUGUUAGACCGUGAACUGUCACGUAUCGUUUGUUGUUUUGAUCGUGUCUCUAAUUAAAGAGUAUGUUUGCCUGCAACGCUGCGCCUUGGUCCUCUGUUCCCGACGAACGUGACACAUAGUUGACGUGUACCUAUGAUGAAAAUUACAGGCCUCUCUCAUCUUUUUAAGUGGGAGAACUUGCACAAUUGUUGGCUAACUAAAUACUUUUUUUCCCCACUGUACAUGCCAGCACCCACACACAACCCACCUGUUAAUUAAUAUUUGUUAGUGGUUAAUACUCUGUUUGAUGUAUUGUGUGGGGUCUUUUUAUUUUUGUUUUAGUGGGUUUUUCACAGGUUAGAAAGGAUGCUGUACACAAAUGACAUUUUCUGAAGUUUCUAUUGUCAGAGUUUUGGUUGCACACAUGUACAUUCUCUUGACAAGAAAUGUACUGAAAAACCCAAUGUAAACCUGAUACACAAAAUGUUUUAAAUGUUUUAAAUAUCUUAAAAAUAAGGCCUGAUCACCCUCACUAGAAAGAUUGGAGACAUUGGGUGAGAUUUAACUGGGCUAUGUAAACACAAAUAAUUAAGAAGAAGUUUAUAAUUUAUCAAUAGUCCUAUGUUUCGGACCACGAGAAGGACAGAGAGAGAGCGCUGCCCCUGAAUGAGGGACACCUAUCUCUAGUCUAUUUUACCAUUACCUUAUGGGAAACAAUUAUUUCCUUAUGGAGUUAUCAAGAGUUGUAACUCUAAUUUGAUUUGUUUUUCUAAUUUGUUUAUUUUUUAUUUAACAGGCAGUGUUGUUGUUUUUUUGGAUGCAUUAAUCACGAUGUGAGUCAUGUGUCCAAAGGGGGAAUUACCAGUCCCCUGGGGUACUAAAUAUGCAAAUGUUAUUAUUCACAUAAAAGGAAUAAAUAUAUGUUGGUAAUUGUUGACAGUUACUACAAAUGGAUUUAAGAAUUUGUCUGGAUUUCCUGAAUCAGGUAGUAGUAAUAAUUUGUCAUACAGUAAAUCAUUUGUCUAGAUUUCCUGAAUCAGAAAUGCCCUAAACUAAACAGUUGUUCUGGUCUGUCCUCUCUUGAGGUUAUGGCGAAGGUGACCACAGAUGGUAUCUAGAUGCAUGGAAGGGAUAAUGUGACCAAGAACAGUGUGAAGCAAUGGCGACAAUGGCGUUCAAUAUGGUCCUUCUCCACUUCUACCCUGAGACCUGAGUCCAAGCCAGCAACCUGUACACAUCAUCCAGUCGAAGCUAUCAACUGCUUUUUCUCUCAUGCCGUUUCUCUCAGACUGCAACAUGAGUCCACAUGGAGUGAGCAUGGAGAGAGAUCCCGUACAAACUUGCUUGUGUACUGGUAGGAAAAUGGACAAGACAUAAUGGACUGUAAAGGACAGUGGCGGUUCAGGUGAGAGACAUUAUCAAGGGCCAUCCACUUUGAACAUGUGCCAUUGGGAGGACAAACUGAAACACUAUCUGAAGAAGAACAUGAAGAAAUGCCAGAAGGAUGAGUGCCCGGGAGGGAGGGGGGUGGUCUACCGUGCCCGUAAUUGAUUUAGGCUUAUCCAAAAUUGUUUAUUUGGGGUAUCAUGUUGAUUGCGGAGGUCUGCACACAGUAAAAUGUAUAGUAAUUUAGACAAAAAAUGUAUUGAGAUACCAAUCUGUCAAGUGAUGAGAAAAGUGAAUGCUAGAAAUAUGAGAUGAAUAUACUGUAAGUCAAUGUAAAUGUACAUUCUGCCAGUAUCAGUGUGUGCUAAGUUGAAGGUCUUAAAUUAAAGUGAUAGAACCAACGUGAAGCACUAAGGACUGUCAUUCUAAAUUUGGGUUGGAUAAUUUAUCAAUAGUUAUAAUUAUGAUUUGGAAAGGCGAGGCUUCUAGAAACAGAGCUAUGCCCCUAAAUUGUCACUAGAUUGUAGCUUGGGCUAACCUUGGCCCAAUCUCAUUCUUAUCAAGGUUGGUGUGAAACUGUUAUAACAUGUGUUCUCUCUCUUCCCUGUGAAAGUCAAUAUGCAUGUGCCCUAGACCAAAUUCAGGAGAUAUCUAUAGACGUAGAGAAAAUUGGCAAUGCUAAAAAAAUGGUGUAAAUUGGCUCUGCAAAAAAGAGAGGCUCAUGACUAUCUUUUGGCAGGUCAAGGGGGCACUUGUGCAAUCAUUGGCGAUGAAUGUUGUACUUUUGUCCCAGAUCACUCUUCUAAUAUGACUGAUCUCGCUGAAUACAUUGCCACUGUUGUUAAGAAUAAUUCCCCACAACCAGAGUGGAUGCCUGCAACUUGGUUGGAAUCCCUGUUUGGAAGUUGGGGAUCCCAAAUUGCCAAAUGGGCUGCAGCGUGUGUUUUUUUCUUAGUUCGUCAAAAUUGUGUUAUUCAACAUGGUGUGUAUGUGUGUGUAUUUUUCAUGAAUUCACUCCCAUUAAUAGAAGUAUAUCCUUUAUUAUGAUGAUAGUAUUACCAUACAAAUUAGAUUGUACAACCCAGAAUAAAGGGUUUGAAAUGAUGAAGUGUUUAGUUUUCUUCUGUGUUGAUUUCCCUUACUCAAAUAGGAGCAUAGAAUAUUUUGAUGUAGAAGCUAAAAUCUAAAUGCUUACAUUAAAAUGUAAUGAUUAUUAUCACACAAGUGAUAAGAGGAUGGAAUGUGAUGGAAAAUGGUAAAUGUUACGUUGGUGCUUUCUAUUUACCAAUUUCUGUGUUCUAUGUUUGUGCUUUUCUAAUAUCCGUUUUCUGUGUUCAUGCAAGUGACUGAUUGAACAAACCCUCACUAUCAGUAACUGCAAUUUGGCAGUACGCCCUGACCCUUCUUUUGAGAACAAAAUAUAUCUCAGUUUCAAGGUCUCAGCUUAGAGAAGCCUUGUGAGGUAUUGGUCUGUCACAUGCAUGAAGCAAACGUUAAUGAUGAAUUCAUUAUGAAUGAAUAAGAUAAAACAAGUGAGAUAUACUGUACCAUUGGCAUUUCUUCUCCUCACCUCUUCUCUCCUCUCCUCUCCUCUGCUCUGCUCUGCUCUCCUCUCCUCUCCUCUCCUCUCCUCCCUCUUGUCUCAGCUGAAGGCCUGUUUGGGGAUGCAGGUAGUGGCCUGUGUAGUGUCAGUGUUCAACUUGAUAGUCUCUGUAUCAAACAUGGAAGGACCCCAGUGGAGGCUCCUCAGAGGAGGAAGGGCAGGGCCAUUCUCCUCAGUGAAUUUCAUAACAAUUAUCCUUUUUAGAUAAAACUAUACUACAUAUAAUCACGUCACCAAAUAACUGAUUAAAACACACUAUUUUACAAGAAGGUCUACAGUAGCCUCAACAGCACUCUGUAGUGUAGCACCAUGGUGUAGCCGGAGGACCGCUAGCUUCCGUCCUCCUCUGGGUACAUUGACUGCAAUACAAAACCUAGGAGGCUCAUGGUUCUCACCCCCUUCCACAGACUUACACAGUAAUUAUGACAACUUCCGGAGGACGUCCUCCAGCCUAUCAGAGCUCUUGCAGCAUGAACUGUCAUGUUAUCCAACCAAUCAAAGGAUCAGAGAAUAAAUCUAGUACUGAAAGCAUAAACUACUGCUAGCUAGCACCGCAUUGUAUAAAAUGUGGUGAGUAGUUGACUCAAAGAGAGAGAAAGACAAUAGUUGAACAGUUUUAAACAAAUUAAUUUAUUCCAAAAUGAAGGAGAAGCAAGAGAGAAAUAGAGAGAUUUCAUUGUUUUAUUUUUCACUUUCAUUUUCACUUACUUAGCUAGCAAAUGAAGCUAGCUAGUUUAGCCUACUGAAACAACCUGCUCAAACAGAGGGAUGCUAUGUUAGCUAGGUGGCUAUGAACUUUCCAACACAACACUGGAACUCUUCCAAGUCAAGGUAAGCUUUCGAUAUUAGUAAUUUAUUGCCACCGGGGCCCGCCGGUGUAACUGCUUACUGACUGUACAAUAAUGUUACUGCAUGAUUGUAGUGGGUUUACUAACUCGUUAGUUCUAUUAGCUAUGCUGACUAUGACGUUACUUUAGCUAAUAUGGUGACAACGAUGUAAGCUGUGUGUAGCAGUUUGGCUUGGAAAGGUUUUUUCACGUGGUCACAUACAGCUGAUGGGUUGUGCAUUGAAGUCCACAAGCGAAGGGAAGAGAAAGGAAUGCAACGUGGCUGUUAUGAGAGUGAACUCUGUUUACGGGUGAUCGGGGUGUAUUCAUUCUGCUGGUUCUGUUGAAAAAUGUUCCUUAAACGGAAGCAAACGGAACAAAACGGGGAUAAACAUAUCUGAAUUUGUCCGAUAGAAACUCUCGUUUGCAACUGUUGGACUAAUAAUUACACCCUGUAUCAGCUAGAUGCAAGGCAAGAGUGUGCAAGGUGGUAUUGAAUUGUCUCUCGACCUGUGUGCACCUACGUUGUAAACUUUCAUUUAUAGGCUAGCUUGUAGCAACCUCAUGAUGGGUAUAGGGGAAAUGUGAGUAUCAUGUCGUAGCCUAAACCUAUCGCUGUUACAUUGAACUGGGUGAAUGGAAUAUGAAUGAGAGUCGUCUAAUAUUCUGUAAUAGAAAUACGGCCAUGGUCAUGAAAAAAAAUGUGUCCUCCCUCAUCUUAAAUGGCACUAACCGCCACUGAAGGACCCAAUUAUGUCUGCUGGAAAUAUGGUCUAGGCAACCGCACUGAUUACCACAAAACUUGCCUUUCAUUUGAUGUGAGUAUUUACAGUAUUUACAGUAUGUGUUGGAUAUAAUUCAACGUAAAUGCAGCAGUGAUGCUUAUAUUAGAUGUUAAAGUGGGCUGAGAUUGAGAAAGUCCUAUCAAAUGGUACAUGCAAAUAUUACUUAUUAAAUGUGUAGAGGCAAAUACACAAUAUAUAUAAAAGUACAGUGGAUUCGGCUAUUUCAGCCACACCCAUUGCUGACAGGUGUAUAAAAUCGAGCACACAGCCAUGCAAUCUCCAUAGACAAACAUUGGUAGUCGAAUGGCCUUACUGAAGAGCACAGGAUGCCACCUUUCCAACAAGUCAGUUCAUCAAAUUUGUGCCCUGUUUGAGCUUCCCCAUCAACUGUAGGUGCUGUUAUUGUGAAGUGGAAACAUGUUGAAGCAACAACGGCUCAGCCGCGACGUGGUAGGCCACACAAUCUCACAGAACAGGACCGCCAAGUGCUGAAGCGUGUAGUGGGUAGAAAUCGUCUGUCCUCGGUUGCAACACUCACUGCUGAGUUCCAAACUGCCUCUGGAAGCAACGUCAGCACAAUAACUGUUCAUCGGGAGCUUCAUGAAAUGGGUUUCCAUGGCAAGCAACUGCACACAAGCCUAAGUGUGGCAAGCUUCACCAUCUGGCAGUCCGACUGACGAAUCUGGGUUUGGUGGAUGCCAGGUGAAUGCUACCUGUCCCCAAUGCAUAGUGCCAACUAUAAUGUUGAGUGGAGGACGAAUAAUGGGGGUAUGUCUGUUUUUCAUUGUUCGGGCUAGGCCCCUUAGUUCCAGUGAAAGGAAAUCUUAACGCUACAGCAUAAAAUUACAUUGUAUACCAUUCUGUUCUUCCAACUUUGUGGCAACAGUUUGGGGAAGGCCCUUUUCUGUGUCAGCAAGAUAAUGCCCCCAUGCACAAAAUAAGGUCCAUACAGAAAUGGUUUGUCGAGAUCGGUGUGGAAGAACUUGACUGGCCUGCACAGAGCCCUGACCUCAACCCCAUCGAACUCCUUUGGGAUUAAUUGGAACGCCGACUGCAAAUUCAGGCCUAAUCGCCCAUCAUCAGUGCCCAACCUCAUUAAUGCUCUUGUGGCUGAAUGGAAGCAAGUCCCCGCAGCAACGUUCCAACAUCUAGUGGAAAGCCUUCCAGAAGAGUGGAUGCUGUUAUAGCAGCAAAGGGGGGACCAACUCCAUAUUAAUUCCCAUGAUUUUGGAAUGAGAUGUUUGACGAUUUUGGUCAUGUAGUGUAUGUCAUACAAUAGGAAAAAAACAUUAAAGAAAGUACACAAUGCUCCAAUUCUUGUCAACAGAAUUCCGCUAUACAUUACUUUGCUGAGUUGGUCCUGAUACAUACUGCUCUCAUCGCUAUCUCUGUCACGCUGGCUGCCUACUGCUGCAAGGUGGUCAACUGCUGCUCCCCGGGACCACGAAUGGUGAGUCAGUGUAGAAAUGGAACCUCUAGAAUCAGAAAGGGCCAUAAGUCCGUUUUGGCAAAUGCCAGACGGGUCCAUUGGCCAAUAGGCCAGUCUAAAUUGUGGUUUUAGCGCAGAAUUAUCAUGAUUGGCUUAUGAUGAGGACAACAAGGGAAUAAAAUUGUCCAGUGACUUAGAAAUGCCCACGCCAAUUUCUGGUCUCAUCCAGUCCAUCCCUGCCUAGAACAGACAUCACCUUGAAAUGCAAAGUUUGGUUGGAGGCCUACCAAUACUAUGCCUGUGGUGUGUCUAGAAUGGGCUGAGUGGCCUGUUCACAUCACUCAAAUAUUGUAUUUGUCCAGAUACCAAACAGAACAUCUGCAUUAUCAUCAGAAAUGGAAUGUUGUUAUAACAUGACGGUUAUAACCUCUUAAUUGAGUGUGUGAGUUCUCUCUUCUAGCCGGUGAUCACAGUCCAAGUCCCUCUUGCUCAGCAAUGA